AUGGCUUCAGAGGUCAAGAGUCUCAAGUUGAAUUUCACAACGCCUCUGGGAUGCCACAAGGCUUCCUUGCCAUUCAUGAAUGUGCAGCUGGAUAAUGCACAGAGGGCGAGGCUGGGCAGGAGGGUGUGCCUGCCGGCCAUGUCGGUGGCAUCUUGUGCCCAGGUGCCUGCUGACACCGGGGACGUGGACAACGAGAACAUGACAAGACAGGAAGGCACAAACAAGGACGUCAGGGAUCCUGACAGGGUCGAGCCUGCAGCAGAGCGACUGAAGAGGAGCUGCAAGCAGCUGACUGCGCCCGUUGCCAAGGAGCUGGUCUUCUCGCCUCAGAGCAAAGCCCCUGAUCGCCUGGGUGCUGGCUGUGCUCUGGUAGGUGCUGGCUCGCGCCUGCUCCAGCAUCAGGGAUGUGAUAAAAUGGGAUUGAUGGACAACAUGUGUCCACCCCCACCAAAGAGGCCCUGUAGGACGAGCAGAGCUGUGGGUGGCACCAAGGCUGUGGGGGCUGUUGAAGCUGGGUUGACGCCUGGGAGGCAGCUGCGAAGGACGACCGCCAGGUGCAGUAGGGGGGUUGUGGCAGCUUGA